UCUCCUAAAUUCAGAAACAAAAUAUAUAGUUGACCCACCCAAGAAAUCAACAAAAAGUUAAUUCCCACGUAUCCGUUCUAUAUAAAACAAAAAUAUAUAGUCGUUAUACAAAAUCAUAUAAGAAAAAUAAGUAAGUUGGAUAACAAAUAUAAAAAAAUGGAUAUUACAAGAUCACUCGGCGUAGCCACCGUCCUCGUAAUUAUCUACUCCAUUCAAAUCACAGCACAAAUGGAACAAACUGAGGAAGCAAUGCGAUGUGUAGAAAAACUAAUACCGUGUCAUCCGUACAUUAACACGGACUCUCCUCCGCCGCCAUGGUGUUGCAAUCCGGUGAAAGAGAUCGUCGAGAAAGACGUGACAUGUCUAUGCGGAUUCCUCAACCAUCCGGACAUGCUCGCACUCAUUAAUAUCACUCAAGAUGACGCUCUAAAUCUCAUUAGUUCAUGUGGAGCUAGUUAUGAUGAAUCACUUUGUAGCAAUAGCACUGUUUCUUCGCCUGAUACGUCGCCGGGAGCUACGACCACCGAGAGCUCUUCUGGCAGCACGACGAAAAAUGCAGCCCUAGCUAUCAGUUUCUUGGGAUUUAGCUUCCUUUGGCUUUGAGAUGAUUUUGAUUCUUCUUAAAACCAGAAAUGAAGUUUAUGUUUUCAGAUUUGUAUACGUCUCAAUUUCAAAUUACAAUCACGUUUGUGGCUGAAACACAUAGUAUGUCCUCCGUAGUAUUGUGUUUUGUAUUAAUGUCAUUGUUGUCUCAUAAGCCAGAUUUAUGAUUAGAAA